GGCUCCCCUGGUUAAAACGUCAGUCUCUGAGCUUUCAUGGCUGGAUAAGCUAGUCUGUCACUUAAAAAUUAGUCUACUUGUUUUGGGUGUUUGUGUUUAUGGGUUAAAGCUAUGUGACAAGAUUCACCUGCAGGCUGCGUGACAACUUGUUCCCCGCGGGUCACCACACCUGGAUUUCACAGAAGAUAAUUAGCCUCCCUACAGCCGGUGUGACUGCUUCUCUAACCUGCUUUCCACGUUGCAUUUUAAUCACUAGUCUGCUUUAUUUUGGUGUUUUAGUAAUUAUCCUCUGUUUUUUUUAAGCAUCGCUCUAAAUAUUAUCAUCAUCAUUCCUCCCCGUUAUGCGAGGAGUAGCUGCUGCGCAACCAGUUUCUUCCCGUUUUUUUGCCGCAUUGGAUUUAAAGGCGAAGCAGAGGAGUUGGAUGAAGUCAUAUACGAAGACAAGCGUUUCUGUCCUUCUAAGUUACGUGUGUUUUUAUUGAUGGAAUUUACUGUCCUCCGGGAACAUUUGGGAUACGGGACAGAGGACACGUCGAAGAAAAGGCUGAGAGGGUCGCAGAGGAAACACGCAGGACAGCCUGAGACCAAGUGGAGUGCUUUCAGCUGCCGGGCUGAGCCGAGCAGAUUGCAACAAGACUUCUCAAGACACUCGGGACAGUAAAGGACAGAGUUUGAAACCCUGUGCAGACACCCAGUCUGGCUAAAUGAUGGGUAACCAUAAUGGCAAGGAGGCCUACGGCACUACAGGUUCCCCACUAGACUUUUACCACACACCUCCUACCUCACGCUCUGAGGCAGAGCUGAUUGCCAUGGCCUUGCCCUCUGCAGCACCAACUGAUAAGGUGCAAACUUCAUCACCGGUCGUCAGCACCACACCCUCCUCUCCUUCCCCAGCUGCAGACUGGAAACGGCAGCUCUCGACUCCCUCGGAGUGGGCAAUGAUCAGUGUGGAGAGCGUCAACUCCCUCAAUACUAACUCGAGUGAUGCAGCAGCCGGACGGGAGAAGGUCGUUAACAGUUCGGACAUACCGAUUCCACUGCCUUUGCCCCAAGGAUCGCCUUCAGAACAGAGCUGGCAGGAGAGAGACAGUGGGAUGGAGCCGCAGGCAGCAGCAGAGAGAGCCGGAGGUGAAAUGACCCUGGUUUUACUCAGUCUGAUGGAGCACUACAGAGCCUCACUGGGCCUAACCCCCAACACUGACAUUACCACAGGAGCAGUAGAGAUGCUGAGACGCUUGAUAACGGAAAAAGAUGAUCUGGUCGAAGAGUUGGACGUGCUAAAGGAGACACUUAGGACAGAGCGGUUGGAGUGGCAGCAGUUCCAAUGGGACCUGCAGACCGCGGUGUCCGUGGCCGACAGGCUGCGGCUGGAGUCCGAUCAUGCUCUGGGGUUGCUCCAAGAGAACCACAGAGCUCUGGAGGAGCAGCUGGCUCAGACCCUCAGCAGGCAGCAGGAGACUGAGCGAGCACUGGAGAGCCUGAGAGUCGAGCACAAAGACGUUCGCUGCAAACUAAAUGAAGUCAUUGUGCAGUGGCAGCAGGAGAAAGCUGAGCAUGAUGUUCUGAGGAAUGUUUGCAGGCUGAAAGAUGAAAUAACAAACAAACAGGCAAACGAAGAGGCUGGGAAUAAACUUCAAAAGGAAGCUGAAACAGAAAUAACAGAUGGUGGAAAUUAUGAUCAUGAGAAGACAAAUGGAUUAUUAGAAAAUGUUGAGCUGACAGGAAAAGGAGUGGCUGAGGGAUACAUUCGCAGUUUGGCUGCUCUGGAGAAAAAGAAAGAAGAGGGACGUGGACAGAGAGACCCAAGGACGAUAGUGAUGUUAUCUGAAAGGUCUUGGAGCUUGUCAGGUCUUCCACUUCAAAGUGAUUCUUCAAGUCAAGAUGGGACUUCAAAAAACAUAAGGACAACAUUGCCCCUGUGCAAGAAAGAAGAGCCAACAAAGGGGAGAAGAAUGGACAGGACUCUGCAGAGGCAGGAUAGCUGGUCUAACUUUUAUACAGGAAAACAAGAGGAGGAUCAAACCUCAGAUUCAGUGAAACCUCAGGAUGGUUUCAGUGCUUUACUGAGGCGUCAUGGUGGAUCCAGAAGAAACUCUCUGCUGCGGUGGUGCCAAAGCCGUACCCAAGGUUACAAGAAUAUUGAGAUCACCAAUUUCAGUACCUGCUGGGAGGAUGGGUUGGCAUUCUGUGCCGUUUAUCACACCUACUUACCAACUCACAUCUCGUACGACAGCCUCAGUCCAGCUGACAAGGAGGGAAACCUUGGCCUUGCAUUCAAGACAGGAGAGAGCGUGGGAAUCCCAGCCACACUGACAGUGGUGGAGAUGCUGAAGGCAAACGGGCCAGACUGGCAGAGAGUGCUGGCAUAUGUCGAAAGCAUUUUCCGUCACUUCGAGAUGUGAAGUCAGGAUUCGGUGACUUGCUCCCUUCCAUUUUCCUUUUUGUUAGGAGUUGAACUAGCGAAUCAGUGCGCAGCAGAAGACGGAGGUUUGCACGCAAUGAACUCAUCCAUCAGAAUUUAAAAUGUGUCCAACAGUGUUGCAGUCUUUCGUGUCAAAAUACAAUAUCAUUUAUUAAGAAGCAGGUACUUGCUGACACCCUGUGGAAGCAACUUCAACAGCGUUUCACUUGUGGAGCACUUUUUAUUUUUCUACUUGCACAGCAACUACACUGGAUCUGGGGAAUAAGAACUAGGACAUAGAAAUAAGUGCAGCAUAUCACCUGCUCACCAGCUACUUCUGUGUCCCAGUCAGAUCACUGGGUGGAUUGAUUUUUGCACUACAUGCACUUAAGUUUGCUGUAAGGAGCACUUUAUUACUAAGUUAGAUGUGACUAUGUAGCAUUUUAGGAGGAAUACAUUGGAGUUUGGGUCAGUUUCUUACCUGUUUUAUUAUAUACCUCUUCUCUAAUCACGGUCUUCAUCUAUUCAAAGAGUGGGAGCAGACAUGUUGGAAAACUUGUUUUUACCAUAAACACUCCUGCCACUGUCUGAUGAAAUGUGUACAUGUAACUGUUUUUAAAAUGUGAUUUAUGAUUUAAAGACUUAAUGCAUUAAUAAAGUAUAUAUAUCAUA